UGGACAGUGGCCUAGGUUUUCCAAUUCCAAAAUCUGACACAUGUCAUUUACUGUACUAAAAGAUGAGGGGCGGUGCUUUUAUCAGGGGGACUUUCCUUCAAGGAAAACAAACUUAUGUGCGGAAGAGCGCAAAACAGUACAGUACACAGACCUUUGACUCUGUGGAUACCAGCCAGACGGGAGAGGUUACUUUCGUUUUCUGUCAUGCGAAUAUUCUGCAAAACACGGUCGAAAUAUGACAAAUCAAUCAAACCUUCAAAUCAAUCCCAAUUAUAGCCAGCUGGACGAAACCCCAUCAGAAAACAAACAUGCACGAGGACAGUUUAUAUUCUUUUUGGUUCUGACUUUAUUAUUAGGCACGGAGACGAUUAUCACGGCUUUUCUGCUUUACAACUUUUCGGAGGAUAUUCAGAGAACAGAUCAAGCAGGUAGAGAUGGAGGAUAUCCACUGCACUGUCUCUCCACAGAGCUUCCCCAACAGACAGAACAAGUGGGAAUCGCAAGUUGUGACUUGUUUAACGAAGAGCUGAAGCGAAGUGCACAGCAGAGAUUUUUGUUGGACAUACAGAAUUCACUGCUGGAGACUUUAGGAGAACACAACAUCACUGAUGUUUUCAAACCAGCGGUGCACGUGGGAGCAAAACAAGAACUAAAGCAGUUCCAGGGGCUGCAAAAUGAUGAUUCUGCAGACGGAGUUCCUGCACUGCAUCGUAUUCAGUGGGAUAAUAACAUGAGCGGUCACAUCAGCCAGGAGGGCUUAAUGGGCAUCAGCCCUGACGGAGAUAUUGUGGUGCCUCAAGACGGAAUUUAUUUCGUUUUCAAUCAGGUUCAUUUCGAAAUACAGACAGGACAAGGUCUGUACUUUACGCAGUACUUGUACAAGAGGACAACGUCAUAUCCAAGGCGAGUAGUGCUCGCCAAAUCAGUGGUCAGUCCGUGCUCAAGCGGCAGUUCCGGUGUACAGCUUUAUUCCAGUCACCAGGGAGCGCUGUUCCGCUUAGAAAAAGGCGACAGGCUUUCCCUGUAUGUGCGGAACAUAAGCGCUGUGCGCUUUCCUCAGGAGGCCACAUAUUUCGGUGCAUUCAUGAUUAACUGACAUUGCUUUUUAUAGAUUAUAUAUGUUUGACAGGUAUACGUGAAAUGAAUAUUAAAUGUAUGUGCAGUGUUAUACACAUUAAAACUAAAUAAAGCUUUCCAAGACGUU